GGUAGCUUAGUACCGAAAUAGUAAAAAACGAGUAUAAGCAAACCUGUUGAAUGUCCACUUCGGCAGGAAUCUUGAUUUGAUAGUGCGAGUCUGCGCGACUUUAAAAAUGAAAUAUACUUCUGCUGAGUUCGUUCACUAACAUGUGCUUCAGUAUCAUCUUCUUUACAUGUCAAAAUAAUUUUUUCUUCGGACAAAUAAAUAACCGGUAUUGAAAAAAAGCGAUAAAAAUUUUUCUUCUACGAUGUGUCGGUUUACUAAGUGCAGUUAUCUAGUGUUUCGUACGUAGUCUGAAAUGAAUAAAAAUAAUCAGGGUAAUUUAUAUUGACAAGAAUGGCGAGUUUUAAGGACUUACAACUAGAUUGGUCGAUGCUACAAACUGAGGAAAAUUGGACAAUUGCAGAUCUUCAGUUAGCAGCUGAAUUAGGAAAAACAUUACUGGAAAGAAAUAAGGAAUUGGAAAUAUCACUUAAACAACAUCAAAAUGUUAUUGAAGAUCAGGCUCAAGAAAUAGAAUAUCUUACAAAGCAAGUGGUAGCCCUUCGAGAAGUUAACGAUUCCAGAUUACGGAUAUACGAACAACUAGAAGUUAGCAUUCAAGAUUUGGAAAGGGCUAAUCACCGGUUAGUACUAGAAAAUUCGUCUGACAAGAAACAACUCAAGACUCUGAACAUUACUCUCGAUACCUUAGAAUCAAAAAUCGAUGAUUUACAAACAACCAAUGAUGAUCUGAAAGUUCAAUUAGAAAUACUCAGGAAGAAAACGCAAAGAAAUGCCGAAUUGGCAACACCUACCAAUUCCAAAGAGACAAUUGUUUUGAGGCACGUGGACAGGCUAGAUGAAGAAGUUACUUCAGAUUCAUCGGCAAUAACAGAAAAUGAUAAAAACUCGAAAACAACAUCUCAAUCUCCGGCAUCGAAUUGUCCCGAAAUUAACAAUUAUAAUGAAACUACUCAGAAACAAGAAGGCGAAAAUGAAACUGACAUGGAGCAAGUAAGUCAAUUAUUAUCUCAAUUGAGUAAAACGAGAGCCCAAUGUAAUCGUGAUGAAAGAAGAAUAGCGGAAUUAGAAGAACAGUUAUCAACUUUGGUACAACAGAAUCAAGCUUUGGAAAAUCAAGUCGUUCAGCUUUCUUAUAAAGGAGAUGAUCUGAAUAUGAAGAGUAUGCACGAAGAACUUACUACAUUGGAAGAAGUGAGGCAAGGACAAAUGUGCAGCCGAUGUUUACGAACUAUGGAAAAAAAUGAUAUCCGCGAAGAUGACGAUGCCAGUAUGCUGGAAGGUUUGAUGGAACCUCAAUACCAUUCUUCAUUCUCUAUGGACGUACAGGGCUACCCAAAUCAAUCCCAGAUGUCUGGAAAAACACCCAACCCUUACAAAAAAUUAGUAGAAAAGUAUGAAGCACUUGUCGAGGUUCAUAGUAAACCAAUAAAAUCGCGACACGAAGAAAUGCAGAUGUCUGGAGACUUCAAUAAUCUAAGUACUAAAGAUACAGAUGAAGAAAGCGGGCAUGGAGACAGUUUGCAACACAAGAAAACAAGAAAAACGUUUUCCACGCCUACAGAUUUUUCCGAAGCCGAAACUAGUUCGUCUGGUUUUCAAGAAGAAACUAGUAAUAAAGCCACUCAAACAGAAGGUCGUGUCGGAUCAUUUUUGUGUACUAUUGCCGAUGGAGAAGAUUGCAAAUUUAGUAUUUACGACGAUGCAAGUCCAAUAGAUUCUAGAUUCCGAGAUAGACCGGAAUACCAAAAUUUAUUCAAAGAAAUUUUCAACGUUCUUAAAAAAGCAGCCGAAAAUAAAGACGAAGGAGACGACUUAUCUCUUUUAGACGGUUUCACUCCAAUUAAAGCUGUCCCAAAAGUACCACCUGUAACUCCAUCUAACGAUCAACUACCAGAUUUUCCAGACGACGAUAGUCAAAGCGUAGUAUCGUCUACGAUGUCUGAACUAUCCACUUCCCAAAAUGAGCCAACAACAAUCAUAGAAAACUUCAUCCAAUCUCAAAACCAACCGAUACCAGAAUCUGACGCCAACGAAAGAGUAUUAAAACCAUUAGUGCGACAACCUCUAGAAUAUAUCUCGAUUGAGGUUAGAAAGCGCUCGGGAUCGAAACGUAAGAAUAAAUACGUCGAAAGAUCGGAUUCACCUGUCACUCACAUCAUCGGUAGUCCAAAAAUAAACUACUCGAGCAGACCGAAUUCCGGCAGGCGCAGAAGAGAAAAAUCCAACCAUAGAACCCCGGAACCGGAAACGAGUAACUGGAACGGUAGCACCUUACAAUUCUAUCCGUCAAACAGAAACAUUUCUUCGCCAACACCUAGUCAAGGCAGUACCAAGUACGAAUUCAAACCGAGUUCUGCAUCGCAAGAUCUACACAAAUUAAAGAAACUAGACAUGUCUUACGCUGAGGUUUUACGGAACGCCGAUACAAAGAAGAGGGAAAGAGAAUUGCUCAGACAAAGAAGGAAGUAAGGCUUAAUAUUGAUAAUUCGUUAUUAUUUUGUUUCUUUAUAUGUCGCGUUCGUUUGUUUUUAAUUAGAUAGUGACGUUACAUACAAGUCAAUUUAUUCAUUAAUGAAACAAAAAGUAAAAUCCCGUUGCGAUACAAGAUUUGAAUAUGUAGGUACGAGGUCAGAAUAAUCGAAAAAAUUCUAGCAAAUCAACUUUGACGUGUUCAUCCGAUUGACGUCACAUUAACAAACUCACGAAAUGGCUACUGUUACUUUGUCGCCUGGUUAAAUAUUUUAUGAUUUUCUCAUAUUUUUAAUAGCAAGUUCCAAUAUUUUUAAUUAUGUGGAGAGAAUGGCGAAGAAAAAACUUAGUUUUCUAUUAUUCACUGAGGAUUAUUUGUAAUCUGCUUCUAAUUUACAUGCAACUAUUUGUUUUUUUCUUAACCAGCGCAUUUUUCUUGACAAGCUCUAUAACGAAAUCAAACCUUGAUAAAUUUUCCAAAAGGAUAAAUAAAUAGAUUUAGAAAAAAAAUUUCUUAAUGAUAUUCAUAUACUUUUUAUUGCUGCCACUACACCAACACUCACAAUUACACUGUCUGACGCGCGUUUCGAUAACCAAGUAAUCGUCUUCAGAGACCGAAGGUCAAUUCACAUUUUUUAAUUCGCACUACGUAUAUACCCGGUACUAGUGAAAAGAAAUAUCGGUGCGUAUAGUGUGAGCCAAAAUAAUGUUAGUACUUCAUAUAAAUAUUUCCAAAAUAAUCUUUUGUUUUCGAAUUAUAGGGUUGCAAAGUUUGAAUUUUAAUUUCGUUUACACUUUUUGAUUCUCGUACGGUUGAUUUGAUAUUCAUAAAAUUUUCGGCAAGUUGUGAUGAUAGUUGAUUGAAAAUUUCUGAAGGUAUGACACAUUCUUUAGGUUAGGUUAGGUUAGAUUCUUUAAGUAUUCUCAAACAGUAAAUCAUGACUUUCAAAGGGGUCGCAGGACGGCUCUGAGAGGGUUACCAUCCAAAGCAUUCCGGCCACAGAUUUCAUACAAACGGCUUAGAAACGAAUCUCGAUUGUUUACGAUGAAAUACAACAAUAAAUGAAUCAACAGCGCUGCUAAUAAAAGUGUCCACCGCUCCACUUGUAUUAUAACGUAGGCCUUGUUAUUAUAAGACGAAAGUUGCUUGGAAAUAACUAAUUGUUAAAUAUCUUGAGUUGAUUUGAUCAUUGUCCAGUACCAAACCAAUCAUUUUUCUCAUCUUCUUCCGUGUAUUACGCGUAGUCGCCUGUUUUAUCUUCGACAUCCUUGCCUCCUAUUCUGCUUCAAGGUUGUCGCUUCACCUUUUUCUGGGUCGGUCGGCCCAAUGGGGUUUAACGCGCGCUAUCUUUCUUUCUUGAUAGAACCCAUUAGUUAACGUCAUCAUUUUGCAUAAUCUUCUAAUGUUCUCACUUCUUUCCCUAUCCAGUAGGGUUUGUCCGGCUAUCCUGCGUAGCACUUUUAUCUCUGCUGUUUCCAUCAUUCUUUUGGUUUUCGCCAUUUCUGGCCAUAUCUCUGCGAUGUAGGUCAUUAUGGCCUUGUAUAUUCUCGAUUCAGCUUUUAUUCCAAUGUUUACUUCGCCUUAUGCUUUCGUUCCAACAUGCUGCUAUUCUUAAGCCUUUUAAUCAUUUUUCUCAAUUGUAACAAAUAGAUGAAGAUGCCAAAUGUUUCUUUGUUCAAUUUUAGGUAUUUCAUCUUUAUAUUUAACCAAAACGUGUGGGUACAAACAUCAUCAAAAGUGGAUUCCAUUGACUGAUCACUUGAUAUAUCUUUUUGUUUAUAAUAGAAAUCAGCAUGCAUAUAACUCAGAAAAAGGUGUUGUUAUUCACAUAGAUUCACUUGCAUAUUUAACACACCAUAUAAUUUUUUUAUAAAGGCUUCACGAUGUGAUGAUAUGAGUUAUGAAAGAGAUGAUGUUCUGAUUUCAAUAAAAACGGUCUUCUCAACACGUUGCCCUGGUACAGCCAUCUUACUUGCACACUGUGGAAGUCACCUGAAAUUUCUUUAGCUAACAAAACUUGUCUAUUCAAAAAACAAUGAAACAAGUUUGUAUUUUGUAUCAGAGUUCACAACCAAGCAAUCAUUCCACUAUUUUUUUUUGAUGAUAUGAGUAAUGAGAGAAAUGAUGUGUCAACAAUAGUUGAGACGCACUCUUUGAAUUCUUGUGUCGAGUGAAAAUUUUCAAAAUCGUCAUUCUUGCAUUCCAAAAAAUAAUUUCCGUUGGUCUUAAGCUAACAGAAUAAUUGCGCCUGGACCUUCCUGGGAUAAAUUCAAAAAAAAAUGGGAAGUUUGUGGAAGUCACCUGACAUUUCUUUAGCUAACAAAGCUUGUAUGGACCAAAAACAAUGAACCAAUCAAUCAUUCCACUGUUUCUUCCCGAAAGGUUACUCACUCCAUCACUAUAAAUUGAACCAUAUUUGCUCCAAUUAGCUUCAAAAGAUUCAGUUGCUCAAUUAACGCUUAAAGAAGACUUUCACCUGUGGCAAUGUCUCAUAUUCGUCGUGACAUCGUCUCACUUGAUUGAAUUGAAUUUAACAAUCUCGAGUGCCACCGAAGCUUUUGAAACAUAAGCAAGAUCUUUAAUAUUUACUUGUUGAUUUCGAGUGGACAGUGGUUUUCUCUCGUUGAUAGAAUAAAUGUUCAAUAUGAGCCGUUUCCAUUUUCGAGCAAUUUCUAAAUCUAUAAACUGCAGUACAAUUACAAAUAAUUCUGUCUAUCAGAUCUCGUACUUUUUGCACAGAUGUUGCUUGUACACUCUAUUUCUGAGAUAACCACAAAAUAAUCCAUAAAAUUGACGUCUCCUUAUCACGUUAGCAUUUGGAAAGGACCUUUCCAUCCAUUCCUUUUAUUAAGAAACCUUCAGUUUAGCUAUUGUUAUACAUCUAAAUUAAUGUUAUGUCAUUCUCUAUCAUGCACGAACCAUAAAUUCAUCGAGUUGGUAGUUAAUCAUCGAACAUGUUCCUGAACUGGUUUUGUUGAAAAUAUAAAUAUUUUGACGAAGUUAAAAUACCGUCAAUACAGUAUGAUACAAUCAAAUAAUGGUCCAAACAUUUACCAUAAAUUUGUUCUGUGCUGAAACUUGAUCUUUGGUGAAACGUAUCUGUGCAUGGUUUUGUCGACUAUACUCAAGUUGUGCAAGAUAAUCGACCGCUGUCAUACUUUAUAUUUUUUGUUGAUUGUUGAUGGUUCACUAUCAGCUGCUUUUAAAGAGUCUUUAUAAUUCAGUUGCAUACACUUCGUGCUGGUCCUUCGCCCCUCAUUUUGGUAAAAAAAACCUGUUAAAACUGCCACUUCUAUAUUAAUAUUUUUUUUGUUUCUUCUAUCUUCACAUUGUGAUUAAUUUAUUGUCAUGGAAAAUUAAGAAUGGGAAUUUCAUUUCAUAAAAACCUAUCAAGUUUACAUUUUCGUUAGCUAUAGUAUGGGACAGUUUGAAAAUUUCAUGUAGGUUGAGUCAUCCUUGCAAAAAUUUUGAAUCCAACACCAUUACGAGUUGUUCGACCUUGGCUAAAAGAUAAACCAUAAAUCUAUCCACUAUACCAAAAAAAUAAAAAUUUGGAAAUUCGAAAACGAGACUCCGUAUUGUUUAUAUCAAGUACAACAUUUUGACUCAUUCUAUAGGCUACCAACUUUUACCUCUUUAAUUUCGGGAUAUCCUGUGUAAUUAAUUUUUCCGCUAAUUCCUUGUGAAGCAAUUCCCAAAAUCUUUUUCCCUAUUUAAUCUAUUUUCAUAAAAUCCCUAGCUCCAAAAAGUCCAAAAAUUUUACAUUAUUUUCAUUAUUAUCCCUAUCCAUUCUUUUUUAAAUGAACCAAAUGGUCUUUAAACCAUACGUUAACAGACCUCCUUGUUUUCCCAACAUACUUCUUGUCACAAUAAUUUCAAAUGUCACCGCUUCCACUGCCGUGAACAAAUUGAGUUUAGUUGGAUUUUAAGCUUUUAUUUUAAAACUAUUUUCAUAUUUGCAAACUGAAUUAAUACGUAAUAUAUUUUAAAAUUCCAAUUUUGCGUUUUAUUUAAGUUGUUUGCUUCUGAAACUGCUCAAGCAUAAACAUUGUUGUUUUUCAUUUAUGGAAAAAUUGACUUGGCGAAUCAUUUUAAUAUUUUUUUUAAUGUAGAUGUAUUUUGGAAAUUUAUACAAUUCUGUUAUAAGUUCAUUGUAAUUAUUUAAUAUAUGUCUUGAAUUGUGCCAAGAUUACUUAUAAUCACAAAAACUAUACAGGGUGUCUCAAAUAAAAUUUGCAAACUCCAAAAUCUCAAUGUGAGUUUUCGAUUUGGAAAAAAUACCAAAAUAGGUUGAUAUCGUUUCAGAGAAUUCCAGUUUUAUAGUACUUUCGAACUUUUUGCAUUUCUGUAGUACUCAGAACCACUUCUUGAAAAACUUUAAUCAUUUUACAGCUAUUUCCUUUACCUAUGAAAUAUUCAGAACAAUUCUUCUGUGUGAAAAUUGUUUUGAUAAUUGAAACAGUAAACAAAAUAGAGCAUAAAAAAGGUCCACCUCGAACUCCCAUGCAAUUGUAUAACCAUUUUACCACAUUUAUAGUAGUAGUAGUUGUAGUAUUACGUAGUACUAAAUGGUAUUCUGUGUCGAAAAUCAAAUGGUGUAGCAUAAACUUUGAUAAUCAAGGACGAGUCAAAUUGUGAACCAGCUACUUCUUCUAGUGUAUGGUUUAUUGAAUGAUCAAUAAUAUCUUCUGAGAAGAUAAAGUUAACGUAACCAGCUAAAUUCCUACCAAUAAAAAAUUUUGUAGCAAUGUAGUCACCCAGUAUCUAGUCCAAACAUCCUAAAAUGUUCCAAAAUUUUUUGGUACGUUUAUAUGUGCUGAUCUUUGAAAAUUUAUGGAUUGGCAUGCAUUUAUUAACGACAGUUAUGCCUAUUGGGUCCACCAUUCAUUGUAAACAUACUUUUACAUAUUCUUCUAGUGUUGUAGUUAUGAAAGGAUCGAUAAUUUCUUCUAAAAGUGAACGUUACCAGUUAAAUUCCUACCGAUAAAAAAUUUUGUAGCAAUGUAGACACCCAGUAUCUUAGUCCAAACAUCCUAAAAUGUGUCAAAAGUUUUUGGUAUGUUUCUAUGUGCUGUUCUCUGAAAAUUUAUGGAUUGGUAUGGAUUUAUUAACGAUAGUUAUGCCUAUUGGAUCCACCAUUCAUAGUAAACGUACUUUUACAUCUUCUUCUAGUGUUAUAAUUAUGAAAGGAUCGAUAAUUUCUUCUAAGAAGUUAACGUUUCCAGCUAAAUUCCUACCAAUAAAAAGUUUUGCGGCAAUGUAAUCAUCCUGUUAGUCCAAACACUUUUUGGUACGUUUUCCUUCUACGAAAAUUUAAGGAUCUGUACCCCUUUAUUAAUGUGUUUUCUCAAUGAUUGCUCAAUAUCCAUCAUAUAUUCAGCAAGAGCAUCGUCAUUGAAGGCAGGUUUAUUACUAUUACUUAUAAUGGGGCGACUUUGUAGGUCGUAGUUGCCUACGUAAUCCCUCGACAUUUCUCUUAGAUCUCCUCUUUGUAGGUUCUUCCAAAAGGUCAGAGAUUUUUCUCUAUAUUUAUAUGUCUUCACCUCCUCUUUACUUACAGUAUUUCCUCCUUCCAGUCUCAUAAUUUGUUUCACCUAUGAAGGUUUUGACUUGUCUGUAUACAAGUCUUCUUAUUUUUUACCUUUCCUAUAGUUUAGGGAAUCUGUCGGCUGUUAAGUGCCUCCAAGUUUGGAGAGGUCAACCACAAUUUGAUUCCCCGGAAUUUUCUAUAUCCAAAGAUCCAAAAUAGCUUCAUAUUCAGGUUAUUGAGUGCCUUAUAGUAUUGCAAAAUUAACUUGGUUCCAGUGGUUAUGCUUUGCAAAAGCUACAAUCUUUGUACAGAAGGGUACUUUUCUAGGGAGAAGAUGAGCCAAUGGUACUUAGAGAAUUUUCUAUUCACUAAAACCAAAAGAAAACCCCUGGAAAUAAAAAAAAUACCAGGGUGAUGUAGAUAAUGAAAAAAACCUUUAACAUACUCAUAAAUUUAAGAGAUAGUGUUUUGUAGGUUAAAAUUCACCUGUUUUGAUAUUUUUUUUAACGGGAUUAAAACUCUAAAUAUUUCAGGGUGUAAAUUUCAGUUGUGUCACCCAAUACGUGAGAUACUCAUUUGUAUAAAAUUAAUUUUUGAUUGUGGUCGUUUGAAAUUUUUCCCAUUUUAUACCUUAUGCAUUAAGUAUUUAUGUAUGCUGGAAAUUGUGAAAAUAUUCAUGUUAUAACUAGUAUUAAGGUGAAUAUAUAUUGAACAAAUAAAUUAAGCGUAGUGAAUACCUUCCUCGAUUGAAUAUAUGUCAUAAGAAAAAGUAAAUACACCCACUAAAGUCACUAAAUGCUAUUAUGGAAUACUUUUUUGUUUUUUGCCAAUUUAUUGUAGAUUAUAUGAAUUUUUGGAUAAAUGUUGAAAGUCAUCACUGAUUGAAUGUGUUUCUUAUCAUCAAAUGUUAUCACAGAUGUUCUUAUUUUCUGAAACCAUAAUCACUUACAGAGUUGUACUUUAUAUAACAAGCGAAUAUAAUUUCAGUAAAAUUAAAUACAAAGAUAAAUUUGUUACUUUUAUUUGUAAAUUAAAAACUAGAAUGAAAGUCACAUAGUACUUUUUGAUAAAAGUUACUCAUACAACUAAAAAAUAUUUGACAAAAAAAUUUGUUAAGACCCUUUUUCGUUUUUUCGUGUUUUUGUUACAAUAAUAAAGAUACAAUACAGUGAUUAUUUUAUAACACUAAAAUCAUGAUGAAAAAUAACUUUUUAACGUCAUAUCUAUCACAAUUUCAUGGUCAGUGGUCUUCAUUUGUAAUACCUACAUAUACUACAAUAUAAUUAUUCCAAAUCACUAUCAUCACAUUCAUCUUUUUCAAAAUCACUGUCGUUUAAAUCAAUUAAAGGUCUAUUUAAAA